UCAGGUAUCCGCAUGCAAGGAGCUUCUAGGCUGCCCAACAGCACCAUCUAUGUGGUUGAAGCCGGGUACCUAGGGUUCACAGUCCACCCUGGUGACAGAUGGGUGCUUGAGACUGGGCGUCUGUAUGCAAUCACCAUCGAAGUAUUUGAUAGGUCCAGCAACAAGGUCUACCCAUCUGACAACAUCCGAAUUGAAGCUGUGCUUCCUGCUGAGUUCUUUGAGGUUCUGUCCUCUUCCCAGAAUGGGUCUUAUCAUCACGUCAGGGCGAUCCAGAGUGGCCAGACGACCAUCAGCGCUACCCUCACCUCUGUGGUUGACCAGGAUGGAGGAGUCCAUGUGCUUCAGGUACCUGUGUGGAACCAGCAGGAAGUGGACAUUCAUAUCCCUAUCACACUCUAUCCCAGCAUCCUGACAUUUCCAUGGCAACCAAAGACAGGAGCCUAUCAGUACACCAUAAAGGCCCAAGGGGGCAGUGGGAACUUCAGCUGGUCUUCGUCAAGCUACACGGUUGCCACAGUCACUGUCAAGGGCGUCAUGACCACGACUCAGUGUCAUCCAGGCUCAUGAUGUUCAGAACCCUCUCCAUUUCGGUGAGAUGAAGGUGUAUGUGAUUGAGCCCAGCAGCAUGGAGUUCGCCCCGUGCCAGGUGGAGGCUCGAGUGGGCCACACCCUGGAGCUGCCCCUGACAAUCAGUGGUUUCAUGCCUGGAGGGGCCAGUGAGGUGGUUACCUUAAGCGACUGCUCCCACUUUGACCUGGUGGUAGAAGUGGAGAACCAGGCUGUGUUCCAGCCAUUGCCAGGGAGACUGCCGCCGGGGCCUGAGCACUGCAGUGGGGUGAAGGUGAGAGCUGAUGCCCAGGGAUCUACUACCCUCCUUGUGAGCUACACACAUGGUCACGUACACUUGGGUGCGAAGAUCACUCUCGCCGCCUACCUGCCCCUCAAGGCUGUGGAUCCCUCUUCUGUUGCUGUGGUAACCCUGGGCUCCUCCAAGGAGAUGCUGUUUGAAGGAGGCCCCAGGCCAUGGGUACUGGAACCUUCCAAAUUCUUUCGGAAUGUUACUUCUGAAGACACAGGCAGCAUCAGCCUGGCUCUCUUGGGUACUCCAGCCUCCCGAAAUUACCAGCAGCACUGGGUCCUUGUGACCUGCCAGGCCUUGGGUGAACAGGUCAUCGCCCUGUCCGUGGGGAACCGGCCCAGCCUCUAUAACCCCUUCCCUGCCGUGGAACCCACUGUGGUGAAGUCCGUCUGUGCCCCACCUUCCAGGCUCACCCUCAUGCCCGUCUAUGCCCUUCCGCAACUGGACCUGUCCUGUCCACUGCUGCAACAGAACAAGCAGGUGGUUCCAGUAUCCAGUCACCGAAAUCCCGUUAGACCUGGGUGCCUAUGACCAGCAAGGCCGGCGGUUUGAUAACUUCAGCUCUCUUAGCAUCCAGUGGGAGUCCUCCCGGCCAUUGCUGGCGAGCACCGAGCCUGACCAGCCUAUGCAGCUGGUAUCCCAGGAUGA